GUCAUCUCUACUCGGCCUGCCCCACUGAGCCGACAUCUCUCCCUCCUCUCAUUUUCCUCGAUUUAUUAUUCAUGCUUGCUGCUCUGUUUCUCAGAUAAUGAUCAUCACUCGCUCGUGUAGUAGCAGAUCAAGCCACCUUUCGCUCUCAGACAGCAACAUCGACUUCGAUCUGCGUCGUCCGAGCCAUAUUCAACGCCUCCCACCAGAAAUUCUAGGCAUCAUCUUCUGCCAUGCUCUUCCCUCCAAGUCUGAUUUUUUCGAACCUUCAAUCAGGACUGCACCUCUUCUACUUGGUAGAGUCUGCAAGUACUGGCGCGAUCUUGCUGAACGUACGCCGGAAUUAUGGUCAUCGAUCAGUCUUUUCCUCCUGCGUCCCUAUGCACUUGCAACACGUGCCUUUGAGCGUUGGAUAGCACGCUCAGGAAAUUGUCCUCUCCGAUUCAAGCUCGUCGUGCUUACGUCUUACCACCCAGACGUACGGAUACACCACAAACUGCGUAACGAACAGGGACAAACCGUAGAGCGACAACAUCCGUUGAUGGAAUUCAUACAUAACAUUGCAAGGCAGAGUUAUCGAUGGCAGGUUGCGGAUAUUGCUGUCCCGGGUUGUUUUAUGCGGAGUCUAUUGGCACAUGAUGCACCGAUGUUGAGGAAGCUGACACUCUCAGACCCACUCGCAGAGGCAGGUAGCGAUGCAUUCGAUUCUUGGGAACAUACGUUCGCGCUUUCCGCUGCGCCGUCACUUUCUCAACUUGUGUUGAAACAACGAUUAAAGAUACUACCGAGCGAAUGUCACCCGCUUACCUCUGUCCAAUUUGACGCAUUUUCGUCUUCGCAAAUCGUUGAGCUAUUCAAUGGUUGUCCGUCACUCGAGGAAUUGGGGAUUACGUUCAAGCGCGAGAUCAUGGUCUCUGGUGGUCCGGAUGUAUGGAUUUUCCCGCGUCUACAUACACUCCGUGUUAGUCUACACCACAGCAAUGCCCGCGAAGCCAGUGCAUUCCUUGAUCAGCUCCGUCUACCGGUCCUUCGAAGUCUCACUCUUGAUGGACUGCGUCACGCGCAUGGCCUUCACCUCACAACACUCCUCGACCGCACAGACGGGAACCUGACUUCUUUGUCCUUAAUUAACAUAAGCAUUUCGCACGCCGACAUGUUCGAAUACCUGCACCGCGUCCCGCACCUCCUUUCUCUCCGGCUAGUCGACACACACGGGUUCGACUAUCGAUGUUUGAGGCGACUGACGUGGUUACCUGGAUGGCAGACAUGUGUAUGUCCGAAGUUGAGAGAAUUAUGGCUAUUGAGGAGCGAGUGUUCGAUGCUUGCGACCGAGGUCGUAGAGAACAUGGUCAGUUCGCGGAGUCCUGGUGGAACGGCGAGUAAGUUGACGGAGAAAGCGAAGAUGAAGGGAGUUGUAGAUCGUCAUCACCAUUCGAGUGUGGUUGGGGAUCCAGAACCGUUGAGGGAGUUUAGGUUCGAUGGAAGCAAGCUCCAGCAUGAGGAGUUGUUGGGUAGGCCGAGGAUUAAGGCAGCCAUUGAGAAUGGGCUUGUCUGGAAGAGGUAGAACAGGCUGUCCUGUUCUGUGUUGUUUCUGUGUGCGUGGCUUUUUUGUAUGUUUAAUGUGCUUUCUUGUGUUCAUGUUUGAUAACUGGUCUUAUCGUCCUUCGUAUUACUCAUGUUUUCCUCUGUCUUAUUCCAUUUUGCUCGCAAUGGUUUUCAUGACUCGACAUUCCUCUCUCGCUUCUUUUCUCAUACUCACUGAUAUCAUCGUUAUCCGUUCCUUACGCCUCACUCUAAGCACGUUUCAAUGUUUUUCCGCCGUUCGCUUUUCUGUUUGUAUUUGGUGCAUGCAUGCUAUAUUAGUAGUCUUGUUAAUCAAACGUAGUUGCUUGU